AUGCUUUUGGAUUUAAUAAAACACCAGAUUGUCAAGCAAGAUACACAAUUGCGUGAAGCGAUUCCUGUUCAUGACAGAUUAAUGGUCACCCUCCGUUUUUUGGCUUCAGGAGAUGCUUACAGUAGUUUGCAAUACCUUUUCCGCAUUCCACCUUGUACAAUUGGAAGAAUAGUUUUCAAAUGUCCUUCUAGCACAGAAGAAUUGAAGAAAUAUGCAGAUCAAUUUGCAUUAAAAUGGCAAUUCCCACAUUGCUUUGGAGCAAUUGACGGCAAACAUAUUACAAUAGUGGCUCCACAAAAUAGAGGAAGCCUUUACUAUAACUAUAAGAACACACACAGCAUUGUUUUGAUAGGAGUUGCAGAUGCCAAUUAUAAAUUAAUUUAUGUUGAUGUUGGUUGCAAUGGUAGAAUUUCUGACAGAGGGGUGUUCAAUAACUGCUCCCUACACGAUGCUUUGGAAAGCAAACAGUUAACUCUUCCCGAACCAGAAGCACUACCUCAAAGACAUUUGCCAGUUCCAUACAUGAAGGGUACAGGGAAAAAACCAGAAAAGUCAUAUAUGUCCGGAAAAGAACCAAGUAAGUCAUCUGAAACAGGGAAAAAACAAGGUAUGUAG